CGACAUCUACCGCUACAGCCGCAGUCUGGAGGAGCUGCUGCUGGACGCCAACCAGCUCCGCGAGCUGCCCAAGCCUUUUUUCCAACUUGUAAAACUACGGAAACUUGGACUUAGUGAUAAUGAAAUUCAACGGCUCCCUCCAGAAAUAGCAAACUUCAUGCAGCUGGUGGAACUUGAUUUGUCUCGAAAUGAUAUUCCUGAAAUUCCAGAAAGCAUCUCAUUUUGUAAAGCACUACAAGUAGCAGACUUCAGUGGAAAUCCACUGACCAGAUUGCCUGAAAGCUUUCCUGAAUUACAGAAUCUAACCUGUCUUUCUGUAAACGACAUCUCUCUGCAGGCACUACCUGAAAACAUUGGGAACCUUUAUAAUCUGGCUUCAUUGGAACUCAGAGAAAAUCUGCUGACAUAUUUACCUGAAUCUCUUGCCCAGCUACAGAGAUUAGAAGAACUUGAUUUAGGAAACAAUGAGCUCUUUCACUUACCAGAAACCAUUGGUGCACUUUUCAAUCUUAAGGAUCUCUGGUUGGAUGGAAACCAGUUAUCCGAAAUACCUCAGGAAAUAGGAAACCUGAAAAACCUGCUAUGUCUGGAUGUCUCUGAAAAUAAAUUGGAAGGACUUCCUGAAGAGAUCAGUGGUCUGACUUCCUUAACAGAUUUGCUUGUUUCUCAGAAUUUACUUGAGGUGCUACCUGAUGGCAUUGGAAAAUUAAAGAAACUAUCCAUCUUGAAGGUUGAUCAGAACAGACUUACUCAGCUGACAGAAGCAAUUGGAGACUGUGAAAGCCUUACUGAACUAGUUUUAACAGAAAACCAACUGCUGACAUUGCCGAAGAGCACUGGAAAGCUAAAGAAGCUGAAUAAUUUGAAUGCCGACAGAAACAAAUUAACGUCUUUGCCCAAAGAGAUUGGGGGUUGCUACAGUCUUAACGUCUUUUCUGUGCGUGACAACAGAUUAUCUCGAAUUCCCCCUGAAAUUUCACAAGCCACUGAGCUUCAUGUGCUAGAUGUCGCUGGAAACAGGUUGACACAUCUUCCUCUUUCACUGACUACCUUAAAGCUAAAGGCUUUGUGGUUGUCUGAUAACCAGUCCCAGCCUUUGCUGACGUUCCAGACUGACACAGACCCUGAAACAGGAGAAAAGAUUUUAACAUGUGUAUUGCUUCCCCAAAUGCCUUCUGAGCCUGGUUGCCAAGAUAACCUGCCACGAUGUGGUGCAUUGGAGAGCUUAGUCAAUGAAGUGUCAGAUGAAACCUGGAAUGAGCGUGCAGUAAACAGAGUCAGUGCAAUCCGCUUUUUAGAAGAUGAAAAAGAUGAAGAGGAUAAUGAAAUGAGAACACUUCUAAGGCGAGCCACUCCACACCCUGGAGAAUUAAAGAGCAUGAAAAAGACAGUGGAGAAUUUACGGAAUGAUAUGAAUGCUGCUAAAGGACUGGAUUCAAACAAAAACGAGGUCAAUAAUGCCAUUGACAGAGUGACCACUUCUGUGUAGAAUUUCAUCUCCGGGUUUUACCUCCUGUGUCUUCCCCUGCUGUUGAAAUGUUCCUGUUGUCUUCUGGGACCUCAUUCAGCCCCUUUUUGUUUUUAACCAGAACCUGAUCCAUCACCUCUUGUAUCUGAAAGGUGCUGCUCACUGGAAGAAAGUGCCUUAUUUCAGCCAGGCAUUGAACCAAUAAUCUCUGAAUCAAUAUUGUAAUUUUAAUAGUUUUAGGGUUUUCUAAUAAGUAGAAUACACUACUGUAUAGAGGGUGCCAUAUUUUCGUCUUACACAGAAGGGGAAUAUGCUUUUGCCUAUGUGCUGGGGGUAUUUUCCCAGUAGCUGGAUAUAAUGGUGAGAAAUAUGGUUUUGUGGAAAAAUGGAUACUUUUUUUACUUCCUUUUUGGCAGCUCAGAUGAUGUAAAUUUUAAAAAUUGUGUAUAGGAGUUUCCUUAACAAAAUGGUGUAUUUCUUUUUUUUAAAGAAAUUUUAUCUUUAAACGGUACAUAUUUUAGUAUGUGUGGAAGAGAAUGCGAGUUUCAUGGACAGUUGUAUUCAUUUGUUUGUACCACCCACUUGUGCCUUAAUGUGUCUUGUAUGUCAGGCUAGUCUUAAAAAAAAAAAAAGGUAAAAUCCUUGAGCAGAGCAAGUAGGUUAAAACUGCAGUGCCUGUUUAGAUAUGUUUGGUAAUUAACUUGUUGGGCGCUCUUUUUUUUCCAAAAAGAGAACUAAUGUUUAUAUCAGAGGAUUAAACUUUGUGAAGCACAACUGUUAGUUUAUUGUACACUAAAUUGAGAUUAAAAUGACCAAACUGCUACAAUUGUUCCCUACAACUGUACGUUGUUCCCUACCCAAUGCACUCACACUUUAACUUAGCUGUAACAAGACCUCCUAUUUUGGAUACAGUGCUGCAUUACGGUUGGUAGAAACUCAUGCUCCCACUCUUAAAUAUACCAUUUGUAAAACAACCAUUAAAAAAAAGCACAAUAGACUUUCAGAAAAACAGUAUGAAAAUAGUUUUAUGUACUACACAAGAAAGUGUGAUUUUCCCCCCCCCCCCCCAAGUGCUUUAGUGGUUUUAUAUAAACACAUAUAAGACCAUAAUAAAAUCUUAAAGUCUCA